AUGUCGACAACGCGAAUCUCAAGUCCGAAAAGGUCACCAAAAAAACAACCAUCCUUUAUCAAAGCUGGAAUUCUAAACACUAAAUCUACACCCAACCUCAACACCUCCUAUAAUUUGGCAUUAGUACAAGCUUCAGGAGCUACACCUGUUCCCGCACAUCCUUCAAAUAACGGUCAAGGUUUCGGACUAAACAAUCCUAGAUUGAAGUCCCGACAAGUCUCACUUGUAUCCCUUACUUCUGGCGCACUUGCAACAAUCCCGGAUGGGAGUAAAAGAUACCCUCUUUCAACAAAUUUUGAUGAGGAUUUGCCAACAAUAGGCAGCAUGCCACCAUAUACACCUUCUCGAGUUGGGGGUGGACCAGAUGAAUUGGAGGUGGGUGACAUAGUUGAUGUACCUGGUAACAUGUACGGUACUGUCAAAUUUGUGGGCAGUGUGCAAGGCAAAAAGGGUGUAUUUGCUGGAGUGGAAUUGGGUGAAAUGUUUGCUUCAAAAGGGAAGAACAAUGGCGAUGUUGAUGGAGUUCACUACUUUUCGACAAGGGUUGAUGGUGCUGGAAUCUUUCUCCCAGUCGGCAGAGCGACAAGGCGCAACUCCCCAUCUUCGAAUGAUGAUUCUUUCCCCCUUUCACCGUCAUCUCCAUCCAUGGGCAAUAGGGCUGGUAGACUGGGAUCAGACUUGUACACUCCAACAAUGCCUUCCUUACCGAAAUUCGGUCAAUCUGUCGGCCAAGGCAGAGCAACAAGCCCAUAUGUCCAGAAAACCCGUUCAUCAAUGGCCCCACCCCGACCAGAGUCUCCAGUACGAAGAACAGCUGCGGGUAGACCAUCUCUAAGCACACCUGCACAGAGAGUUUCAUCUCGAUAUACAAGCCCUGCACCUGCAAACUUUGGACAGAGCGUUAGAGAAACACAAGAUUCUAGAGAUCCCAAUAAGAAAGUUGGUUACACACCAAGAAAUGGUAUGAAGACACCAGUCCCUCCACGAAGUGUUUCGGUACUUGGAACAGGAAAUAGACUUGGAGCAAUGAACUACAGUGAUGAAGAUAUGCCUCUUGCGGGGGUUGCACGUACGGCGACAAAUGGAAGUGUAGGCUCAGUCUCUUCUUUCAACGCAAAGUUGCGACCUGCAUCACGGUCCGCAUCGCGUGCAACGUCCCGAGCUACUGACGACGAGGUUGAGCGGUUGAGGAGUGAACUUGAGCAUAGCGAGAGGAAAUUAAUAGAACAAGCUUCUAUGCUAGCGGAUAUGGAAAACAAUUUCAAGGAAGUAGAAUCAAUACUGGGGAACACUGAUGAGAACACGGGUGGUCAUAGACAUGGUCGGGGAAGCCCGGAAGACAAAGACGCAUCGCAAUUGAGAGCAGCAAUUCGUGAAAAGAACGACAAAAUCGCCAUGCUGACUGCUGAGUUUGACCAGCAUCGAGCUGAUUUCAGAAGUACAAUAGACACACUCGAGAUGGCCGGUUCUGAAACCGAGCGAGUAUACGAAGAGCGCAUGAGUGCUCUUAUGAUGGAGCUCAGGGCAAUGGAGGAGAAUAGUCAUGACGUCAAGCAUGUUGCUGUACAACUGAAACAGCUUGAGGAGCUUGUUCAGGAGCUCGAGGAAGGUCUCGAAGAUGCACGACGUGGUGAAGCCGAAGCUCGUGGUGAAGUUGAGUUUCUGCGCGGAGAGGUUGAAAGAACUCGAUCUGAACUCCGUCGUGAGCGGGAGAAAACUGCCGAAGCUCUCAGUAACGCAAAGCCUCAUACGAGUGUAGAUACGGGAGCACAUUCCAAAGAGAUCGCGCAAAGAGAUGACGAGAUACGCGGAUUGAAAGCCAUCAUCCACUCACUCAGCCGUGAUGCCAUACCUGAUGGAAAUUCCUCGGAUCAUGAUACAACACCAAAUAUUCUACGACCAGGUCUUGAUCGAAGCCGAACAGACAGUGCUUCGGUCUCUGACGAGGAGCGUCGUGCCCGUGAUAAUUUAGAACGGGAAGUGAAUGAACUUCGCGCCCUGGUAGAAUCUAAAGGCAACAAGGAGGAGCAAUUAGAGCGCGAGUUGGAGGGGCUACGAAGAGGAAGUAUCAGCAGUCCUCCCACUCAUCGUACAAGUGGCAUCAGCGCUGGAACUGUGACCCAGGAUAGAAAUUCUCUCCGAGAUUCUAAGGGCACUAUUGGAAGUUGGCGGGACCGCGACGGAACAUCAGAUGCCCACCGCAACAACUUGGAGACAAUGCAAGAGAAUGACAGUUACUCUUCUGCAGCCGAAGAUUUCUGCGAGUUGUGCGAGACCUCAGGCCAUGAUGUUCUACAUUGUCCUAUGUUCGGCCCUAAUGGUAAUGGCAGCAGCCAUUCUAAAAACGAAUCUGCUCCCCAGCAACGAACAGGAAAAGAUGUUGUCAUGGAAGGACUCAAACUCUCACCUAAACCAUCCCAUGAGGAAUACAAACCAGCACCAUUGGCACCAGCAAAGAAGUCGCCUGAUGUCUCACCCAUAAAAGUCAUGCCCAAUCCCAUGGAACCAGGUGCCGUCGCAGGAAAGGAAAGCGGAGUAAUCAACAUGGACAAAUGGUGCGGUGUAUGUGAACGAGAUGGACACGACAGCAUUGAUUGUCCGUUUGAAGAUGCAUUUUAG